UCGAUAGUCGCAAAGCGGUAAUGGCGUACGGUGGACGCCAGUAACAGCUGUUCUGGUGUUUCGGGUUCUUGGUGUAGCGUCGUGUUUGCAGAAUCUUUUUCCCGUAUCAAGAGAUCUGGAUCUACUUGAUUGAUAGAAGAUCGUUCGGUCUUCUAUAAGAAAGAAGAAAAUGUCGAACUACAACGGCAACAAGGGCCUGAUUCCGCCGCGAUGGCUCCACUGUCCACGGAAAGCCAUCAAAUUGGUUCAGAACAAAUUUCUGGCUUUCAAAACGCCGUUGUCGUCGGCAUUCAAUAGUCAGGUGGCGGAAGAAUUUCGGUUCACGCUGGACAUGCUGUUCGCCUUCUUAAAGAGCCAGAAACUGAAGCUGGGCUUAUGGAUCGAUCUAACCAACACCACGCGAUUCUAUGACAAGGAAUGUUUAGAGAAGUAUGGCUGUAAAUAUUUGAAGCUGCAAUGCAGAGGUCAUGGUGAAACUCCUUCCGUAGAGCAGACAAAAACUUUUGUGCAAGUCUGUAAGAAUUUCAUAUCCCACAAUCCAUUGGAGAUCAUCGGCGUACAUUGUACUCAUGGUUUCAACAGAACUGGCUUCCUUAUCAUUAGUUACUUAGUCGAAACCGACGGUACCAGCGUCGAUGCUGGCUUGGUCGAAUUUUCCACAGCCAGACCGCCGGGUAUUUAUAAGGCAGAUUACAUUCAAGAACUGUACAGGAGAUACGACGACGUGGAGGAUGCUCCGGAUCCUCCUCCACGACCAUCGUGGUGUUUAGAGUAUGACGAUUCCAAUGUAGAAGAUACAGACGAAGGUCCUAGCACAAAAAUCGAUACACCCGUAAGAAAAAGGAGACGCGAAUUUCAUAAUAAGAAUCCUAUCUUCAUGGCUGGUGUACCCGGCGUUGUACCAAUAAUGGAUGAAAGGAAAUAUAGUGUGGUACAAAGGCGAGUUCAACAAAUAUGUUCAUGGGAAUCGUCAGGAUUCCCAGGUUCCCAACCAGUUUCUAUGAGCGAAGAGAAUAUUAGAUUAUUGCACGAAAAACCAUAUAUGGUAUCUUGGAAAGCGGAUGGGACCAGAUAUAUGAUGUUGAUACAAGAAAACGGAGAAAUUUAUUUUAUAGAUAGGGACAAUAGCGUGUUUCAAGUCAGUGGAUUAUCAUUUCCGCACCUCACAGAUGUAGGGAGGAAUCUUAAAGACACUUUGUUGGAUGGUGAAAUGGUGAUCGAUAAGCAGGUAAACGGCGUACAGAUCCCAAGAUACUUAGUUUACGACGUGAUCAUGUACGAUGGAAAGGACGUGAGCCAUUUACCGUAUCAUCCUAAUCGUUACUGUAACAUUGAAAAGGAUAUUAUGGGCAGCAGGCACAAAGCUAUGAGAGAAGGAAGACUGCAUAAAGAGACAGAACCGUUUGCUGUACGUUUAAAGUCCUUUUGGGAUGUCAAGAAGGCCUCUAGGCUCCUAAGCGAGGAAUUUGCCAAGCAACUCGGCCAUGAGCCAGAUGGUUUAAUAUUUCAACCAUCCAAGGAACCGUAUUGUCCAGGUGUUUCUUCCGAAGUCUUGAAGUGGAAACCUUUAUCGCUAAACUCAGUAGACUUCCGAUUGAAAAUAAGCACGGAAUCUGGUGUAGGAAUCGUUUCCAAGAAGAUUGGAUGCCUAUACGUAGGAGGAUUGAAUGUGCCGUUCGGUAAAAUGAAGUUCACCAAAGAGAUAAAGAACUUGAACAACGCGAUCAUAGAGUGUAAACUCGAGAAGGGCCAAUGGGUUUUCAUGCGCGAGAGAACAGACAAAUCGUUCCCGAAUUCAAAAAGCACGGCCGAGUCCGUGUUCAAAAGUAUCAAUAAACCGAUCACGACCGAACGACUGUUAAACUACAUCGAGGAGCACGCAUUCUUACAGAACGACUCCGAUCUCAUGCCACCACCGAAUAAAAGAAGACGAGCAUACAGAACCGUGUUACUUUGGUGUACGAAAGAACUUACAGUGAAAGAGAAGAGAUCACUGCGCGUGAACAUCGAAUUCGAUUAUGCAACGUUGAUCCGCUGGUCACCAGAUGGCAAGGCUUUUAUUAUUCAUAAGGGUGUUGCGAACACUAUCGAGGUAUACAAGAUUUCAAAGAAGUCAGACGGAACGUUGGCUUCAGCGACAAAGGCUUUAGAGUUUCCGAAGAAACAUACAGAGGAUAUUGUUGGCAUGGACAUCGCGUGCACAGGAAAGUACAUCAUCACAUGCAGCAAAGCAAAUGAUCUGGUAAUAUGGGAUCUCAAGGGUCAGAUCCUUGCAACAAUAGAACUAUACCUGGGAUCCACCUAUAAAGCACGUGUGUCACCUUGUGGACGUUUCGUUGCAGCUUCAGGAUUCACACCAGACGUGAACGUGUUCGAAGUGAUAUUCACAAAAACGGGUGACUUCAAGCAAGUCUCGAAGGCCUUCGAUCUCGCUGGUCAUUCAUCCGGAAUAUUCGAUUUCAACUUCAGUGCCGACAGCAGUCAUAUGACUACCGUCUCAAAGGACGGGACCUAUCGCUUGUACAACACGAAAAUUGAAUUUGAAAAGGGGGAGGAUCCACGUAUACUUUUGUCUGGACCAUGGGACAGCGCAUCAACAGCUAGGAUCGCGCUUUCACCAAACACAGAAGUGCUGGUAAUAGCCCAUGGAUCUUCGUUAAGUUUUUAUUCAACGAUUACUGGUGCUCUAGACAGUACAAUAGAAGAUAUUUUCCUCGGUCCUAUUACGUGUCUGGCCUUUGAUGCUCUAGGCGAAUACGUCUUGGUUGCCGGCGACAAACACAUAAAAGUCUUCCGCAAUAUAACCGGUUAUCGGGCGGCCAUCGAAUCGGCGAAACGCAAGCUGACGCAAAAGCAAACGUCCGCCACGAGGGAACGCUUAGAGAAACUCGUCGUCGACAAUCGGAAGUUCCUCGAGGCGAUGCAAGAGAAGUGUCCUUAAUGAUCCGAUCGCGGAGUUUUUUUCAUUCUACAAUGAUGAAUAUUGAAACGCAGAUUGCAUUUGAAUGUUGCAUUUGUUCUGCGCAAAGAAAAAUCCAUUUAUAACAUAAUUUUUUAAUGUACUUGAAUAAAGGGGUUCAUAUGAA